AUGGGAAUUGAUCCUUUGAAGACAUUUUUGGUCCUUGCCAUGCAAGUGGUUGCAAAGAUGACUAAAGCAAAGUGGAACUGCUUCAGAUUUGAGGUUUACGAAAAGGUGGGAUCAAGGUCAGAUAGUUUCCCUGGUUGUGCUUUAGUUAGUCUUCAAAGGUUUCGGCAUGUCCUGUUUGCUUCUUUCUUCCCAAUCCCGUACCGCUACCAUUUCAGUCUUGUUCGACAAAAUGCUUUCCUUUUCUUCACUUCAUCGCCUAGCUUUUCUGAAUCAGAAAGUAAUCAACUCAAAGAUGACAACUUUACGGUCUCUUACCUCAUUAACUCAUGUGGGUUGUCCCCAGAAACCGCCGCGCGAGUCUCCAAAAAUGUGCGAUUGAAAACCCUAGAUAAACCGAAUGCAGUCCUGGAUCUUCUCAAGUGUUACGGAUUCUACGAAUCCCAGAUUGCAAAAUAUGUUCAGACACGACCCAUGGUGCUUCUUGCUGAUGCAGAGAGGACCCUUUUGCCUAAACUCAAGUUCAUCCACUCUAUUGGGGUUUCAAUUACUGAAUUCCCAAAAGUCAUCAGUCUUAACCAUGCACUCUUGUCAAGGAGCUUGGACAAGUGUGUUAUCCCUCGUUAUAAGGUCCUCAGGAGUGUUGUUCGUAAUGAUGAGGAAGUUGUUAGAGCUUUGAAGCGCGGGGCACUUUCUUUAAUGCAUGGUGAUUUGAUGAAUAAUUUGGUUCCAAACAUUACUGCUUUGAGAGAGUCUGGUGUGCCUCAAGAAUCCAUCUCUCACUUGGUGAUGUUUCACCCGAAUUCGGCAUUUCACCAACAUUUAAAAUUUGUCGAAGCUGUCAAGUUAGCCAAGGAAAUGGGGCUUGAUCCUUUGAAAAUCAUUUUUGUCAAUGCUAUCCAUGUGCUUAUCAAUUUGGACAGAGCAAAGUGGGAAUCAAAAUUAGAGGCUUGCAAGAAGUGGGGUUGGUCUCGCGAAACCACUCUUUUAGUAUUUAGAAAGUAUCCAACUUUUAUGUCGUGUACAGAGGAGAGGAUUACAAAAUCAAUGAAUUUCUUGGUGAAGGAUAUGGGUUGGCCUUCAGAAGAUAUUGCUAAAUUCCCUGCGGCUCUUGGCUACAACUUGAAGAAUAGGACUAUCCCCAGAUGUGCAGUAAUUAAAAUCUUGAAAUCAAAAGGUCUGCUAAAGAAUCAUUUAGGUUUAAGUUCCUUUUUGUGCAAGAGCGAGGAAAUUUUUUUGGAGACGUUUGUGACUAAAUUUCUGGAAGAUGUGCCUCUCCUACUGGAUGUUUAUCGAGGUUUGAUUGAUCAUCAAGAUGUACUAUAG